AAGACUCAGCAAUUAAUGGUUGACUAACCAUAGAAGACUCAGCAAUUAGUGGUUGACUAACCAUAUACAGUUUCAUCACUACAUUAACCAUGCAUUGCACUGAGUCAAUGCAUAAGCUAUCAGCGUUUGAAUCCCAUUCAUCCUUGUCUUACCAUGGCAUUAGAAUUUGUUGGUGGUGCUCUUCUUUCUGCUUUCCUUCAGGUGGCAUUCCAGAAGCUAGCUUCUCCCCAAAUUCUCGAUUUCUUUUGUGCAAAGAAGCUUGAUCAGAAGCUGCUGACCAAGUUGGAAAUCAAGUUGAAUUCAAUCAAUUCUCUGGCUGAUGAUGCAGAGAGAAAACAGUUCACGGAUCCACAUGUCAGAAACUGGCUGCUUAGUGUCAAAGAUGCUGUCCUUGAUGCAGAGGAUCUCUUGGAUGAUAUACAAAUGCUCUCCAAAAGAAAAGUGGAUGAUGAUUCUGAAUCUCAAACCUUUACGGGCUGUACUUGCAAGGUACUCAAUUUCUUCAAAUCUUCUCCUUUUAGUUCCCUUAACAAGGAAAUUGAGUCUAGGAUGGAACAAACCCUUGACGGCUUAGAAUUUCUUUCAAACCAAAAGGGUUCUCUAGGAUUGAAAACAGCUAAGAGUGUUGGAUAUGGGUUGAGUAAUGAACUGCCACAUAAAUCACAAACAACUUCUUUGGUGGUUGGAACUGACAUUUAUGGCAGAGAUGAUGAUAAAGAAGUGAUUUUUGACUGGCUGACGUCUGACAUCAAUCGUAACCAGCCAUCAAUACUUUCUAUUGUGGGAAUGGGCGGAGUGGGUAAGACCACUCUUGCUCAACAUGUAUUCAAUGACCCAAGGGUAGAUGAGGCUAAAUUUGUUGUCAAAGCUUGGGUUUGUAUUUCAGAUGAAUUUGAUGUUUUCAAGGUAUCAAGAUCAAUUCUUGAGGCUGUAACUAAAUUCACUGAUGAUAGUAGAGACACAGAGAUGGUUCAUAGAAGAUUGAAAGAAAAAUUGUCAGGGAAGAAAUUUCUUCUAAUUUUGGACGACGUUUGGAACGAAAACCAACUUAAAUGGGAAGAAGUGCUGAAGCCCCUUGGGUUUGGAGUCCAAGGGAGUAGGAUUCUUGUCACCACACGUAGUAAGGAAGUUGCUUCUACCAUGCGGUCAGAAGUUCACUCCCUAAAGCAAUUACAUGAAGAUCAUUGCUGGAAAUUGUUUGCUAAACAUGCAUUCCGAGAUGAUGAUGAUACUGAAUCAAAUCCAGAGUGUAGGGAGAUUGGCAUGAAGAUGGUUAAAAAGUGUAAAGGACCACCUCUCGCCUUAAAAACAAUGGGAAGCCUAUUGUACAACAAAUCAUCUGUUUCAGAAUGGAAAAUUGUGUCCCAAAGCGAAAUAUGGGAAUUUUCAAAAGAGCGAAGUAAUAUUAUUCCCGCUUUAGCAUUGAGCUAUAUCCACCUUCCUUCUCAUCUCAAGGCGUGCUUUGUUUACUGUGCCAUGUUCCCCAAGGAUUAUGAGUUUGAGAAGGAAAAUUUGAUACACUUGUGGAUGACUGAAAAUCUCUUACACAGUCGUCAGCAUAGUGAGACUCUUGAAGAAGUUUGCCAACAAUACUUCAAUGAUCUACUAUCGAGGUCCUUCUUUCAACGAUCAGGUGAUGCGGAAGAACUAUUUGUCAUGCAUGACCUUCUAAAUGAUUUGGCAAAAUAUGUCGCUGGAGACAUAUAUUUCAGGUACGAACUUGGUCAAACAAAUAAGAUACAAAAAGUAACUCGGCAUUUUUCAGUUAAAGGUAGAUACAAUGAAUAUUUUGAUGGAUUUGGAAGUUUAUGUAAUACAGAAAAGUUACGUACAUUUAUGCCUAUAGAUAGUAGUUUACAUAUCAAUAUGUCGACGAUACAUGAGUUGUUGACCAAGUUCAAGUUCUUGCGUAUCUUAUCGCUCUCUCAUUGUUCUAACCUUGAAGAGUUACCUGACUCUGUCGGCAAUCUUGAGCAUCUUCGUUCGUUAGACCUCUCUUGGACGAAGAUAAAAAAACUAUCUGAAAAGAUAUGUUCACUUUCCCCCUUGCAAAUACUGAAGUUGAACCAUUGUAUGGAUUUGGAAGAGUUGCCCUCAAAUUUGCAUUUACUCACCACUCUGUGUCGACUUGAAUUUACAUGGACUAAAGUGAGAAAAGUGCCACCAGGUUUGGAAAAACUAAAAAAUCUUAAAGUAAUGAUGAAUUUCUUUGAGGUUGACCAUAGCAUGGAGUCGGGUAUUCAACGGCUAGGAAAGCUCAACAACCUUUCUCAUGGCCUAUCAAUUGAGGGACUGCAGGACAUAGAGAAUCCUGAGGAUGCAUUAGAAGCCGAUUUAAAGAAUAAAACACACCUUAUGAGUCUGACAUUGGGAUGGAAGAGGACUGGGAACUCUAUUGAUUCAAAAAAAGCAGAGGACGUACUUGAGAAUCUGCAACCUUCCAAAAACUUAAAGGAGUUGUCAAUCAUUAACUAUGGUGGGAAUAAAUUUCCAAAGUGGUUAGUUGAUGAUUCGUUACCAAACCUGGUGUCCUUAGUGUUGCGCAAUUGUGAAUCUUGCCAACAUUUACCUCCGCUUGGUCUUUUUCCACUUCUGAAGGCGUUGAAGAUAAUAGACUCUCCAAGACUUGUUGGGUCACUGAAAGGAGCUUUUGGAGACCGUUCUUCUUUGGAAAGCUUGGUGAUAGCAAAACUGGAUGCAGAAUGUUUUCCUGAUGAAAAUUUGCUUCCACUCUCUCUUGCUAAACUAACCAUAUAUGGUUUUCCAAAUCUAGAAAAACUAGACUAUAAGGGGCUUUUUCAACUCUCGUCUCUCCAAUCAUUGGCUCUUUAUUUAUGCCCCAAACUCCAAUGCUUACCAGAGCAGGGUCUUCCACAAUCAAUUUCGAAUCUUAAUAUAUACAGAUGUCCUUUGCUCAUACAGCGUUGCCAGAGGGGAGGCGAAGACUGGGAAAAGAUUGCUCACGUUCAAUAUCUGGACAUCGACUAUUGAUAAUUUCUGUUAUAAUAUGUUAGGUGAAUAGAUUUUUCCUCUAAUCCAUAGUUUUUUUUUUUAUUUUAAGAUUAUUAUAUUAAGAAUAAAAGAAUUAACCCAAGUUACAGUAAAUUUCAUUUUAUAGGCAACUUAACUUGAUGUUUUACAACUUGAUCGGGAAGUGGAUGUAAGCAUGUUCCAAUCACCAUCCAAACU